UAGUCAUUGCAAAUACAACCCUGUGUUUGGCUUUCUUUUGCCAAAUUUUUUGAAAUUCAUUCAUUCUGGAUUAUUUUCGCAACAGAACAAGUUUGAAACCUGUCUUUUGUGUUGAAUUGAAUAACGUUUAAGUGUCUACACGAUUUGUGUGUGUUUUUUGUUUGUUCGUCUAAACACUUUGUUGUCCAACCAACAAAUUAAAAAAAGAAAAAACCUGGAAUCAUGGCCGCUUUGGAAUCGCUGAGCAACAAAGAAUUGCGUCAAAAAUGCAUUGAAUUUGGAAUGCCGAAUGUACCGGUAACAGACUCGAGCCGUAAGAUACUCAUACGCCGCUUGGAGGCUGUGAUGUCGGGUAAACCUGCUACGACUCCUAAUAAGACAAAUCGUCGCGAAACAAUGCAUGUCUCAAAGCCAUCCGAAAUGGCGUCAUCUGCUAAAAUUACAGCGGCAGCAGUCAUCAAUAAUAAUAACAACAAUAGCACCACCAGUGGAAAACCAACGGCUGCCAACAGGCCCUCAAGACGUACCAUUGCUGCUACGGAGAGACAUGUAACCACCACAACAACAGUAAGUGAGCCAGAGUACUCAGAUGUUUCACCUGAUCGCGGUGAGGUGAUUACACAAAUGUUGCCGCCAAAAGCUAAGACGCCAGAAAAACAAACUUUGUACCCCAAAUUACCGGCCAAAGAGCCCUCACCCAAGCCACAGGUGUUGAGUAAAACUGGUGUUGUCUCGACCUCGUAUGUUCAGGAGUCGAGUAUUAAUAAGACUUAUGCUGCACCUACCAUUGAGGAUGUUGACUCGACGGAAGAUGAAAUUGAAGAGGAGAUCACAAAACCUAUGGCAAGUGUGCCUUCCUACAGCUCCAAGUCUUAUGUUCCCCUAUCGGAAUCAAAAGUGACCACUUCUGCAUCAAUGCCACCAUUGGCCUCUACACUGAGCUCCAGCACCCGUUACAGUUCUUUGAAUAGUUCAUAUAACUAUAACAGCAAGCCAAGUUCAACAACACUGAGCAAUAUCAGCACAAGUGUGCGUAAAAAUUACGAGCCACCGCCAACAUUGAGAACUUCUUAUCAACAACCCAGGGCAGGAAGUACACAAAAAUAUGUUACCACACCUGAGCCAUAUGAUGUCGAAGAUGACGACGAUGAAGAGGACAUGGAAGAUGACGAUGAGGAUGAUGUGGUCCUAGUUGAGGAUAGUCCCAUUGCUAAGGAUGACAUACAAACACCAUUUCUUAGUCAGUUUGCACGUAACUUGGAAACACUUAAGGCCACACCGAUACGUCACUCUAUUGGACCCACGAAAAUUACACCACCCAAAUCUUCAGCAAUGCGUCAGCGUGAAACGGCCGCUGCCUAUAGUCGCCGUACCAUAGGUGGUGGCGGCGGCGGAUCUGGUGGUGGCGCCACAAUUUCAGCACGCCGCUCCUAUAUGAAAAACGAACCAGAAGAAUCACCAUUCCGUCAAUUCGUAAUGGCCCUGGAGGAAAAAUAUCAUCUUAAGCAAACUUUUAUUAUAAUUUCUGUCUUUAUUAUAGCCAUAUUUAUUUAUGUUUUCUUUAUACAAAGUGUUUAGAUGUAUGUGUAUGUAUCUCGUUUAUGUAAUUGAAUCCAGUGUUUUCUUUUCUGUACACCCUGUUUGGGAGCUUGCCAAGAAUUGGAAAAUGUUUUCGUGUUUUUGGAACAAAACUAAAUGGUCGUUAGAAUGUUUUUUUUUUAUUUUUUAUGAAAAUUUGUAUUUUUGAUAUUUCAAUUUCAGCUUUUUUAUAAAUAAAGAGAGAAAAAUAUUGUUUAGUUCAACACUUUAUAAAAAUGAAA